GCAAUGAAUGAUGGAAGCCCUCCCUGCACUUUGUAAUUGCAAUAUUUACUGCAAAUUUCCAUUUCCUGCAUUCUUAUUGGGAUCUUUUCAAACCAUUAAUACAUUUCCUGGCCUCAAUUUACACUCUUCUUCUCUACCCAAUACUUCAAUUCAAUUCACAAUUCAAUUCAAUUCAAUUCAGUUCCUAUCUCUUUCUCUCUCUACCCUCCUCCACCUCUCUCUCCCCCCAUAAUUAAAUCAAGCAUUAAAGAAAAUCCAUCUUCCUCUCCCCCUCUCCUUCACUUCCCUUGUACUAUAUAUAAUGGUGGUCUAAGCUCCAUACCAUUUCACCAUGACCUUUUCUAUGUUUCCUCAGCUUGUCAUGGUUCUUGCCUAACCUCCCUUCUUCCUCACCAAUCUUUCCAUCAAUUAGGUUCAGAGCAGCCCUGCAGACUCUGUUUCUCCCCUGUUUCACUAGCUAGCUAGAGGUUUCUCAAUUCCCCAAGGUAUCAUGAGUCGCAGAAACGGAGGCGGCCCGAAGCUUGAUCUGAAGCUUAACCUUUCCCCACCGAGGGCAAACCGUACGGCUGAGUCUCCCGGACGAUCAUCCACCGUGUCCCCCACGUCCCCGCCGAGCUCAUGCGUGUCGUCGGAGCUGACUCAGGACGACAACAACAACAUGAGGUACUCCAACAGCCCCGAGGCCACUUCCAUGGUGCUCGUGGGUUGCCCCAGGUGUCUCAUGUACGUCAUGCUAUCCGAGGACGACCCGAAAUGCCCCAAAUGCAAGAGCACUGUUCUGCUGGACUUCCUCCAUGAGAACAGCAACACCAUGACGACAAGGAAGAGCUAAGAGCUUGAGAGAGAGAGCUAGAGUAGCCUUGUGAUGAUGGGAACCCGUUUUUGCUAUUUCUGCGGUUUUAGUAGGACCUAAUAUUAGGAGGCUCUUUCUUGGUUUCUCUUUUCCCAACCCCUUUUUACCCUUUUGGGGGUUUUGCUAUUUCCGCUCCAUUUUUAGCUGCAUCAAUCCCCGCUAUUAGAGUGGGGAAAUAUUUGAUCAGUGUCGGUUAGCAAAGAAAAAGAAGAGAAUGGAGCAUGAAUAGCACUACCUGUUUGGUUUUUCUUUUGCUAAUCAUAGGCAUUAGGUUAUGGAACGAUGGGCAAUUUGGGGGGUUCUGCAGCUUUUUCUUAGCACUUUAGCAGAAGACUCUGUAAACCGGUGAUUAACUGUAACUGCCCAAAAUUUUCAUGGUAUCUAAAAUGUUAGGUUAUUUUGCCUUUUUUUA